GAUCGAUGUUUACAUAUGAUUUACAGUGUCUCUCGGUGCAGCGGUCCGUCGUCUAAUCAACCGCAUCGUAGAUGCCAGCCGACCAAUGUUACACGCCUACAUUGUUACACUAUCUCUGUUCGAAUAAAAUCAACGCUUAUAUCGGUAUUCGCGUUCGUCGGUCGGGUUCAGUCGAGAUCGCGGUACGCUGCUAUCGCAGUGGCCCUCGUGCGUUACACCGACCGGACGGGUGCUCUGUACCAGUACGUGUUGGACACGUUGUCCGUCGGUUGAUAAACCGAGCGCGCGUUGCAAACGGACCAGACCCGUGGCCCGCGUGUGUGCCGAUUGCGAGUUCGACGUGUUGCCCGCCGGCGAAUAAAUAACGCCAGUGUCCCCGUAACGUUUUACGCGAUGCGUUUCGUCACCGCGCUCCGGGUGUUGUUGGUCGCGUCUGUCGUCGCGCCGUGCCGCGGCGUGCCCGACGACGGGGCCCUGUACCUGACGCCCCUAAUACGCGCCGGUAAGAUCGACGAGGCGCGGGCCGCGUGCAAGGUGAAGCCCCUGAUAGCGGCCAUCGACAGCUGCUCCGGUUAUUUGACCGUGGACGACGAACGCGAGUCCAACAUGUUCUUCUGGUUCUUUCCGGUGGCGAAUGGCGCGGCCGACGCGCCCGUACUGCUGUGGCUGCAGGGCGGCCCCGGCACGUCCAGCCUGUACGCAGUGUUCAACGAGCACGGCCCGUUCUCGGUGGCCAAAGGCCGCGACGCGCUCGAACUGCGCAACCACACGUGGACGGCCACGCACUCGGUGCUGUACGUGGACAACCCGGUGGGCACGGGUUUCAGCUACACGAACGAUGACGCCGGCUACAGCACCAACCAGACGGCCGUCGGGCUCAACCUGUACGAGGCGCUGGUGCAGUUCUUCGCGCUGUUCCCCGAGUUACGGAAGAACGAUUUCUACGUGACCGGCGAGUCGUACGCCGGUAAAUACGUGCCCGCCGUGUCGUACGCCAUCCACCUGAACAAUCUCAAAGCGGAAACCAAGAUCAACCUCAAGGGUUUGGCCAUAGGCAACGGGAUGGUCGAUCCCAUCAACCAGUUAGUGUACGGCGAAUACUUGUACCAACACGGACUGAUCGACGAGAGCGGAAAGAACAAGUUCGAAGAGAUGCAAAAUUCGAUCCGCCAACAGAUCCUUCUAGGUAAAUACAAGGACGCUGCCUGGAAAUUCGAUCGGAUGAUAUUGAAAGGCAACAUGUACCCGUACCCGACACUGUUCCAGAACCUGACCGGUAUGCAAUACUUUUACAACGAGCUAUGGGCAUGUGACCCGGUGCGUUACGGCGACUGGAAGAAGUACGUGCAACAGCCGGACGUGCGAUCUGCCCUGCACAUUGGACAGCGGCCGCUGAACAACGGACUAUUGGUCCAAAAGUACCUGAUGGAAGACAUGAUGAAGUCUGUGAGCUUAUGGCUGGCCACGCUACUGGACACCGGCCGGUACCGCGUGUUGCUGUACUCGGGACAGCUAGACAUCAUCGUGCCUCACCCGGGCACGUUGCGCAUGGCCCACUCGCUCAAGUGGUCGGGCGCCGAGCGCUUCGGGAACGCCACGCGUACCCUGUGGCUCGUGAACGACAACAACAUAACCAACGUGGCCGGUUACUCGACCACGGCCGGUCUGUUGACCGUGUUGCUAGUUCGUGACUCGGGUCACAUGGUGCCGGGCGAUACCCCGAAAUGGGGACUGGAUCUCAUUAACCGGUUCACGGCCGGUAAACCAUUUUGACCCGGUUCGUACCAUUACGUAGCCGGCACGAGAGAACUACUUCCUUAUUAAAUAUUAUACACGUAACGCUCACGCAAACGUAAAUAUGUUAUAAUCCGAACAAGUUGGUUUUUAGUUUUCGCUACACAAAUAAUAUAACAAAACGAAAUGUUUUCUAUUUUGUUAAAAAUAAAUUGUUUUUCUAAAAAAA